CCUGUCUCCCUCGUUCUCCGGGUCUCUACGAGCGACAGGCUGAGAUGACAUGACUGCACUCGAGAGGAAGAAAGGGAAGGACCUACGCGGUCAGCAAGUGUUUCUGCGUCCUGAAGAGAGUUCAGCUCCGGCUCUGCCCACAAGACCGUCUACCACGGUGUUGGAACAGCUCCAGGAUGCUUUGCUGCGGCUGGCGGCGGUUGUUGACGCGCGCUCGCUGCGAGCAGCCCUUCGAGACAGCAUACAGGAGAUGCUGUCCAGCACGGAGUGCGUAUGUGUCUACAUGCUGGAGGGAGACCUCAGACUGCGGUCCGACGACCCACCGCACGAACUGCCACAGGAGGGAAAGAUCAGGUGCGUACCGUUCUCUGCAUCGCCCCACCAUUCCUCACGUUACAUGCCGAGGCAGCAACGACGAGACAGGCCCCGUGUUCUGCGGCAGCUGAUGCCACUGGCAGCAAAAGACCAACACUCCAUUAUUGAUGAAACUGUCGCUGUUGUAAUUCCCAUCUUGGCCCAGGAACAGGACAAGGCCAUCGCUGUUCUACUGGUGGGCUGUAGUCCGCUGUCUGAUCAGGAUGAACUCCAUCUCAACAUGCUGCAGAAGCACGCAUCAGUGGCAUGUGUGCGAGUCCAAGCCAUUCAGUCGUCGUACCAGAGGCCACCCCUCAGCCCUUCGCCCAUUCAGUCCCACAAUGCACUGCUGCACCUCAACGUCUCAGAGCAGGACUACUGUGAGCUGGACCGCAACAUCCUACAACUCUGUGGUGAGCUCUAUGACCUUGAUGCAGCCUCUCUCCAGCUCAAAGUCAUCAAUUAUUUGCAGCAGCAGACACAGUCGCAGUGUUGCUGUCUCCUCCUGGUGUCUGAGGACAAUCACCAGCUGUUUUGCCAGGUGGUUGGAGACAAAGUCCUAGAAGAGGAGAUCAGUUUCCCGCUGAUGUUUGGGCGCUUCGGUCAGGUCGUCGAGAAAAAGAAGUCAAUCACGCUACAAGACAUCAGCUCUGAGGAGCGGCGGCAGCUGUCCAGCAUGUUGGGCUGCGAGAUCUCCUCCAUGCUCUGCGUGCCAGUGGACUGCAGAGCCACUGGUCACGUGGUGGCGCUGGCGUGUGCCUUUAACAAGAAAGGCGGUCAAAGACACACGGAGGCAGAUGAGCAUGUCAUACAGCACUGUUUCUGCUACACCUCAACGGUCCUCACUUCAACCUUGGCUUUUCAGAAAGAACAGAAGCUCAAAGUGGAAUGUCAGGCACUCUUACAAGUGGCCAAGAAUCUCUUCACGCACUUGGAUGACGUGUCAGUGCUGCUACAGGAAAUUAUAGUGGAGGCCAGGAACCUCAGUGGUGCAGAGAUCUGCUCUGUGUUCCUGCUGGACCGUCUCAGUCAUGAGCUGGUGGCGAAGGUGUUUGACGGGGGCGUGGUCAGCGAUGAAGAGAAAGAGUUCCGUAUCCCGGCGGACCAGGGCAUCGCGGGUCACGUGGCAACCACGGGUCAGAUCCUGAAUAUCAAGGACGCCUACUCCCAUCCGCUCUUCUACAGAGGUGUGGACGACAGCACCGGCUUUAGAACCCGCAACAUCCUGUGUUUUCCCAUCAAGGAUGAGAACAACGAAGUGAUCGGCGUGGCAGAGUUGGUGAAUAAGAUGAAUGGUCCGUGGUUCAACCGCUUUGAUGAGGAUCUGGCCACAGCCUUCUCCAUCUACUGUGGCAUCAGCAUCGCUCAUUCGUUGCUGUACAAGAGGGUCCAUGAGGCUCAGUUCAGGUCCCACUUGGCCAAUGAGAUGAUGAUGUACCAUAUGAAGGUGUCAGAGGAGGAGGUGACAAAGCUGCUGGUAAUAGGCAUCGAACCGGUGAAGAAGAUUCACCCGUGCUACGCCGAGUUCACGUACACCCCGCGCUCCCUGCCCGAUGACACCACGCCAAUGUGUGUCCUCAGCAUGUUCGAAGAUAUGGGAUUCAUCAACACCUACAAGAUUGACAUGCACACACUGGCCAGGUUCUGUCUGAUGGUGAAGAAAGGCUACAGGGACCCUCCCUACCACAACUGGAUGCAUGCCUUCUCUGUCUCACACUUCUGCUAUCUGCUCUACAAAAACCUAGGGCUGUCCAACUACCUCGAAGAGAUUGAGAUUUUGGCCCUGUUUGUGUCCUGUAUGUGCCACGACCUGGACCAUCGAGGCACCAACAACUCUUUCCAAGUGGCUUCGCAAUCUGUGUUGGCAGCGCUCUAUAGCUCAGAGGGAUCAGUGAUGGAGAGACAUCACUUCGCGCAGGCCAUCGCCAUUUUGAACACCCAUGGUUGCAACAUCUUCGAGAAAUUCUCCAGAAAGGACUACCAGCGUAUGCUGGACCUCAUAAGGGACAUCAUUCUUGCCACAGACCUUGCUCAUCAUCUGCGCAUUUUCAAGGAUUUACAGAAAAUGUCCGAUGAUGGAUACAACUCGAAAAGCGCCACCCACCGCUCCCUGCUGCUGUGCCUGCUGAUGACUUCGUGUGACCUGUCAGACCAAACCAAGGGCUGGAAAACCACACGCAAGAUUGCUGAGCUGAUCUAUAAGGAGUUCUUCUCUCAAGGAGAUUUGGAAAAAGCCAUGGGGAACAGGCCCAGUGAGAUGAUGGACAGAGAGAAAGCGUACAUCCCAGAACUGCAGAUAAGCUUCAUGGAGCAUAUCGCCAUGCCGAUCUACAAGCUGCUGUCUGAACUGUUCCCUAAGGCCACUGAGCUGUACGAGAGAGUAGCAGCUAAUCGGGAGCAGUGGACCAAAGUGUCCCACAAGUUCACUAUUCGUGGAUUGCCAAGUAACAACAGUCUGGACUUCCUGGACCAGGAAUACGAGCUACUGCAGGCCCAGGGUGCUUUCGGCAGCGACGACCACUGCAUCAACGGCUGCCUCGAGGAUGCAGACAGUGGGCAGGGUCAGUGAUGACAGCGACCAACUACGGGUGUCAUUAACCUGAAGUUGUCAGUGGUCCAGUAAGAGGCUAAGGAUACCUUUUGAGUGACCAGAGAGGGAGCAGUGUCUCUGCUCUAAGCCACUUAGAUGCUUAAGGAGGCCACGCGGGACGAACGGGACAAAGCAGUUGAAUCACGCCAGAGAUGUAAAACAAGUGGAUUCACCGGAGACAAUGCAAUGAUUCGAUGCGACAUGUUGUCCGCGCGUCCUGUUCAAAGAAUUUGUCAGAAUUCGGUGACUUUAUAUAUUUUUCAGCAGUUACACUGGAAAAAUAAUUUAAGACUGAUUUUGAUUAGGAUUGUAAAAAGGAACCCGCAUACGCUCACUCGGACACAUGUGCACAUACUGUUGAAAAAAAAAAAAGGCAUAAGUUGUGAUAGAGAAAAAAGACUUUAACGUGUAAUAGUGAGAUAAUGUGCUAACAUUUGUGUAAAAUGAUUCAUUAUAUCUUAUAUUGGUUUCAAUGGCCCAGCUUUAGACACACAAACGGCUGCCAUAGUUUCUCACCCGAAGCUUACGAUUGCAUGCCAUGGGGACACUUUGGUGUGUUAUUAUUUUAAUCAGUGUUGAUUAAUUCAGAUUAUUUUAAUAGCUUUUUUUUUUUUUUUUUCAUUCAAGCUUUUCAAGUUAUAUCAGAUGAUUUCAGGUGUACAAAAGGAGGGUGUGGUUUAUGUGCUUCAUCAGUUUCUAACUGCUCACAGGACAAUUUGACAAUCACUUUAAAAAAAGACAAAUCCCAGGUUAUGACACUUCACUCUAACAUAGUUCAAAUUAAAGGCAUGAACGCCCUGUGCAGUGUCACUAGAUCAGGUGCAGUCAUUUUACCCCCAAUCCCUGAUAUCUUUUCUUUCAGCUUUUGGUCAACUGAUUUCUUGACUCCACUUCAACCGAGAGUGAAACCGAAGCCCUUUAAAAGAUCCACUCCAUCUGUGCCAGUGUGUGUUUUUUGAAGUGUGUCCCUGAGUGUAUUAUAAUGGAUCUGCCUUAUUGCGCAUCUUCGCUGCCUUUCUUAGAGCUUUUAAUAUAUAAAUAUUAAAAUUCUGCAUCACUUUAGUAUGUAUGUGAUAUAUUUGUGAUAGACAUAGAUUUAGGUGUGUUUGACUGAAUGAUGAACAUACAUCACGGAGAUGUACAUUUUGUGAAAUAUCUGUAAGAAAACCUCAGAUGUCAUUUUACUAUUUUUUAUGUUUUGGAGUGAACCACUAGUGAAAAUUGGGUAGAUACAAAAGACGUUUGUUUUUCGAUUGCUAGAACCACCAGGAUUUUCUUUUAAGAGAAACAGCCAUUAAAAAAUGUCCCCUUUAAUAAAUUAUCGACAGGUAAUUAUUGCUGACCUCCACUGAAAAUGUGUGAAAACCUAAGAGUUUGGCUUCAGAUUGUGCCUCAAAAGGAAUCACGACACCGUGGAGUUUUGUGUCACAAUUUGCCAUAUUCACUUUUACCUCAUAAUGUUUUAAACACAAAAUGCUGCAGAGUGGAGGUAAAAAAAAAAAUCACCACAGGAAAAAAAUGUGCAGUGUGUAGGCAGUGUCGGGUGGAGGCACAAAGCCAGAGAGAGUGAAUGCAUGUGUGGGUGAGAACACGAGAGAACUGCAGCUACAGUACCUGGUGUCAGAUCAACAAAGAACUGUAAUGAUUUUUUUACAGAGCUGCUGCAAAUGGAGGAGGCAGAAACAAAGCGUACAAUGUUUCUCACCAUUUCAGAAAAAAUGAAAAUCUACUUUGGUUGAAAAAAAAAGUAUCCAAAUACAACAUAUUUGAAAGCCUCGCAUUACCGAGGAAGCUAAACUUGUUUGUCUUUUUUUUUUUAUCAUAUUGCUCUGGUUUUACAGGUCAGCAAUUACACUAAAAACAUAUGACUCAACACAGCUAAAGAUCUUGUUUGUAAAUGCAGCCCAACAGUCGAAAUUAAAUAUAACAGGGCAAGCUACUUUAAGGCCCUAAACCUGCUCAGAAUGUCAUUAAAAGUACAAAACACAUACAACAAAAAUGAACUGUUUGAAAUGAAACCGCCGCCGCUGAGCGCGUCUACCUGGCUGAUAAUUACAAAACCAGAAAUUAAACUAACAUCUUACAUUCUUUCGUAUUCAUAUUAGUUGAUUGACAAGACCAGGAUGACCAGGACAAUGCCAAGAUAAAGUUUGCUUUUGGAGAUGAUAAAAACAAACAAAAAAAUACCAUCACUGUUUUCAGAAGAAAAAAAAAACAUUUAAAAUUAAUGAAAAGGGUAGCCAACCAGUAUGAACUUGUGUUGCAUUGCACUUGGAACGAUAUUCUGAGCAGAUUAAGAGUAUGGUCAAGUGCUGUGUUAGGUUAUAUUUAUUAUUAUUAAUAUUAUAACUCUCGAGACCUCUUACAACAGAGAUAUAUGUUGAAUUGACGAGACUACUUUAUGCUUUUUUUUUCUUAUGUGUGAUUCUUUGUUUGUUAUUAUUUUUAACAACAGUUUCAUAUAUACCUGCCUUUUCGUGUGCAAUAUACGUCAAGUAUCUGCCUUUUUUAAAGGGUGCAUGGAUUCCUAUGUAAAUAUCAAUGCCCUUUGUUAAAUUAUAACUUCAUAGUAUUGGGUUUCUAAGGACAUAUUUCCACUAGAAAAAAACUUCAGCUGAUUUCAUUGGCUGCCCAGAUCUAUGUUAGUUUUCUAUGCCGAGUCUGUUUAUCUAUCCUUUAAUGUAUGUUUUGUAAAGUCAGGGGGUUGACAUGUGCCAAGAAAACAUUUUUUUUCUUCCUAGCCAAGCGGCAAAUGAAAAAAAAAAAAAAAAAACAGACAUUAACUUUAUUUUGUUCUUUAAAGCUGGCGUGUUGAUGAGGGCUAUCUCCAUACAACUUUUCUGAUACCUUACAAAUAGGUCUGAAAAUGCGGUUCAUUUUCGGGAUGUACAUGAACACAAUCUGUUCACAUCGUCACAUAGCAGGAUUUAAUGACAUUGUUACAAUCACGUGUUAGAGAAAUGUUUAAAGUGAUCAAAAGGAUAACUGCUCAAAAUAACAGUUUUACAAAUGUUGUAUGACUGUCUGGCAUAUUUGCAAUGGGGGAAUCUUUCAUUUCUGUAAUGUAUUUGAAGUGGUUGCAUCCUGUUCUCCUUUUUUUUUUUUAUUGCCAUGUUUGAAUUAGAUUGAACGUAAGACUUUUAGACAGAGAGAAUAAAUGUGAUGUAUAUGUGUAUUUAAGAAAUACAUAUGAUGUUCUACCACAGACAAGAAUUCAAACUUAUCUGAAAUGUAUAAAUAUUGCUUAUACCAAGGACUAAAUCCAGUCACCUGUUGAUUUGUACUGCUGAGAUCUGCUGAAGGCUGUUGGUCUUUCUGGUUUGGAUGAAUUGAACGAAGA